AUGGGUCAGCCAGCCGGCGACGAUGUGCUGAAUCGGAAGUCGUUGUCUCUUAUGUAUCGGAACUACAAGAAAGAGACAGAAUACAUCGCUGGCUGGCUCGCGUGGACAUCGCAACAAUGCGGAUACCUCAGAACAGCUAUGGAGGCAGAGACACAAGCGCCACGUAAGAGAGGAAAGGCAGGCAAGGCUCGGAAGCCAGCCAAGCAGCAGUCCAAGAAUGACACCAAAGUCCAAUACGCCAUCAACGUCUCUGAAUUCAAAGGGAUGGCUGAGCAUAUUGCUUCAUUCAACCCAAAGAUCGAAGUCCCAGCAGCGCUUCAAAAGGUGUUUGAGCGGGUCAUAUCAGCUCGAAACGAGAUGGCAGAUUGGUUCAGAAAAGAACAUAGCAGCGAUCAGGGGAGUAACAUGAGGCAUUCUUACUUCAUCAAUGUACUGGAGAAUGCUGCAGCGAUACUCAAACCUUUGACACCGGAAGCACCGGUGGUUGCAGAGAACAUCAAGCUGCAAAACAGAUUUGCCGGACUCGCAGUCGAAGAGACAGACCCAUUGAACGAGCUGAUAGUCGAGGUUCAAGAGAAGCAGCUACCUGAUAUCCACCCUCUUCCUCUUGAGCAGGAUGAGGAAGGUCUCGAGGACGACUUUUUCUUUGCUAUCGCUACAUUCCUCGACGACAUCUCCAAGGUGCGCAAAUACAUCACUGGACAGUGGCAUGAAUAUCGACGAACAGGCGAAGGCCUCACACGUACUUCAGUGCUUUCUAACACAGCUGUUGAUCUGGUGCGAUCCGCCGAGCAUCAAUUCGACCAAAUGCUUAGUCGGCCCAAGAGGUAA